AAAAAAUAAAGAAUUUUCUUUAAUCAAAAUUAUUACGAUCUUAAAAAAAUAAAAUAAUUAUUUAAAAGUGCGAAUAUGAUUUAAUUUAUUUAUUAUUUUUUCACCCUCCGAUAAUUUAAAUAAUUUAUGAUCGGAAGUUAACCAAAUCUGGUCAUUUUUAAUAUUUAAAUAUUGCUGAUAUAAGUAUAAAGUACAAGUAUUUUCAGUAACUCUACACUUUUGGUCACGCCGACGUCAUGUAUUUUUUUCCUUGGGUUCAAUUUAUUCAAAAAUUUUUAUUACUAGUUAUAAUAUUUAGCAAUAACUAUAUAAGCAAUGCAUUAGGGCAAACAGUUACCAUAGCACGUUAUAUUCAAACCACAGAUAAUUUAUCAACUUUAAGUCAAAUAUUGAGUUAUCCAGGAUUAGCUGAUUUAUUUACGUUACUUAAUUCAACGGUUGCUGUAACUUUAUUUGCACCAACAAAUGAAGCAUUUUUAUCAUCAGGAAUUGACCUCACGAAUGCGAAUGGUGCUUUUGUUUCAAAUUUAAUAAGAUAUCACGCAGUUCCCGAUCGAGAGAUACUAUCCAAGGAUUUAAUGCCAAGUUUAGUCGUAAAUACAUUAUUAAAUGAUUCGUCGUUAGUACAUCUACCAAAUGGGGGCCAAGUUCUCUAUUUAAUGAAAUCUAUACAAGGAGAUAUUACGAUUAAUAAUGGUAAUAGUAAUGGUAAUAGUAAUUUACCAGUAAAAAUUAUUCAAAUGGAUAUUGUAUGUACCAACGGUGUUAUACAUAUAAUUGACUCAGUUAUAUUACCUCCUUUGUCAUUGUUUGAUACAGCAAAUAAUUUGGGUUUAACUCAAUUUAUAAAUAUAUCCACGAAUGCAAAUUUGUUAUCAAAUUUUAAUACAACGAUAGGAAUGACUAUAUUCGUACCAACAAAUGAUGCGUUUAAUAGACCAAAUAUCCUAUCUAUAGGAUCAACUGAAAAGAUUUCUUUAUUAAAACUUCAUGCAAUAAUUGGUACGGUGAUUUAUGAGAUUAAAGAUGGUAUGGAUAUAGAAUCAAGUGAUACUGGGAAAAAAUUACAUUUUACGGUUAAAAAUGAUACUAUUUAUGUUAAUAAUGGAAAAGUGGAAAAAUCUGAUAUAUUAUUACAAAAUGGUGUAAUGUAUGUUAUUGAUGAUGUUUUAUUACCAUUAGAUGGAUCAGGUGGUAAUGUGGUUUCGAAUAAUUCAACUAACGGUUUUGAUAAUGGUUAUAACGUUCAAGGUACUAGUGAUAAGAAAUUAAUCGUUGGUACUGUUUUAGGUGGUAUUUGUGGUGGAAUUGUUAUUUCUUUAUUUUCCUGUAUGUUAUAUAAAUGGUAUAGAGCACAAAAAAAUAGUAAAUCUGUUACUACUUCUCCAACAAGUAUUAAUAUUAACAAUAAAAGAUAACAUAUUUAUUAUAUCAUAUA